GUCUCGUGUUGUCUGCAGGAAUGAACCCGCUGCUGGUUGAGCUGUGCUCUGGGCUUUCUUUACAACCUCCGCCCCCCAACAGAGGGAGAACCAGCAGCCUGCCUCACGCUCCAGUCCGCACUCCCAACCUUACCCUUGACGAGGAGAAGGUGGCUCUGAGAAAUGCCUUGCGUUACUUUCCCUCCAACCUGCACAGCCUCCUCGCUCCAGAGUUUGCAACUGAGCUCAGAGAGUUUGGUCAUAUUUACAUGUACAGGUUCUGCCCACAGAUUGACAUGAGGGCAUAUCCAAUCAGCCAGUAUCCCUGCAAAACCAAGGCAGCUGCAGCAAUCAUGCACAUGAUUAUGAACAACCUGGACCCUCACGUUGCUCAGUUUCCCCAGGAACUUGUGACUUAUGGAGGCAAUGGACAGGUCUUCAGUAACUGGGCCCAGUUCCGCCUGGUGAUGUACUACCUAUCCCAGAUGACGGAGCAGCAGACUCUGGUCAUGUGCAGCGGGCACCCACAGGGAUUAUUCCCGAGUCCCCGAGAUGCUCCACGGGUGGUCCUCACGAAUGGCAUGGUGAUCCCAAACUAUUCCUCCAGGGAUGCGUAUGAGAAGCUGUUUGCCAUGGGAGUCACCAUGUACGGGCAGAUGACGGCAGGAAGUUACUGUUACAUUGGCCCACAGGGGAUUGUGCAUGGCACUGUGCUGACUGUGGUGAACGCUGGCCGACGUUACCUGGGGCUGGAAGAUCUCAGUGGUAAAGUGUUUGUGACCUCCGGACUCGGCGGGAUGAGUGGGGCCCAGGCGAAAGCAGCUGCGAUCAUCGGCUGUGUGGCAGUGAUAGCAGAGGUUGAUGAGGCAGCUCUGACGAAACGACAUCAGCAAGGCUGGCUCAUGCAGAUCAGCAAUAGCCUGGACCAGUGCAUUGCUCAACUCAGGGAGGCUCGACAGAAGAAGACAGCCCUGAGCCUUGGUUACCAUGGUAAUGUGGUGGACCUCUGGGAGCGGCUGGUGCAGGAGUGUGAGCAGACCGGAGAGCUCCUGGUGGACCUGGGCUCGGACCAGACAUCCUGCCACAACCCGUUCAGCGGAGGUUACUACCCCGCACAGCUCACCUUCGAGGCAGCCAAUCAGAUGAUGCACACUGACCCGAAAACAUUCCGCAGUCUUGUCCAGGAAAGUCUACGGCGACAAGUGACUGCCAUCAACAAACUGUCGGAGAAAGGGAUGUUUUUCUGGGAUUACGGGAAUGCUUUCCUACUGGAAGCCAAGAGAGCAGGUGCUGAUGUGGAGAAAGCUGGAGGUGGAAAACUGGAAUUCAAGUUCCCCUCGUAUGUCCAGCACAUCAUGGGCGAUAUUUUCUCUCUGGGGUUUGGGCCAUUUCGUUGGGUUUGUACUUCAGCUGACCCCGCUGACCUGAUGGAGACUGACGCCAUUGCAACUGCAGUCCUGGAGGAGAUCACACAUGAAGCAGAAACCAGCAGUUACGUUAAACAACAGUACACAGACAACAUCCGCUGGAUCAGACAGGCUGCAAAACACAACAUGGUUGUCGGUUCUCAAGCUCGGAUUCUGUACUCGGAUCAGAAAGGAAGAGUGAAGAUAGCAGUUGCAAUAAACCGGGCAAUUGCUGCAGGCAAGAUCACGGCUCCUGUGGUGAUUAGCCGAGACCACCAUGAUGUCAGUGGAACUGACAGCCCCUUCAGAGAAACCUCAAAUAUUUACGAUGGGUCAGCAUUUUGUGCAGACAUGGCAGUGCAGAACGCUAUUGGUGACGCUUUCCGAGGAGCAACGUGGGUGGCUUUACACAACGGCGGAGGUGUGGGCUGGGGAGAGGUGGUGAAUGGUGGCUUUGGUCUGGUCCUGGAUGGCUCUGCAGAGGCUGAGGAGCGAGCAAAGAUGAUGCUGAACUGGGAUGUCUCCAAUGGGGUGAGCCGACGGUGCUGGUCUGGAAAUGCCAGGGCAUACGAAACAAUUUGCAGAACCAUGAAUGAGCACAGUGACCUGAGAGUUACCCUCCCUCACGCUGUGGAGGAUGAAGAGAUCCUGGACAGAGCCCUGCAGCAGUAGGCAGCCUGACCAGCACCCACCUACCCCUGUCCCACUCACAUCCCUGCGCCCUAUUCAGAUUCAGAGCACCAGAGAAUCAACCAGCACAGAAGAGGCUCUUCAGCCCAUCGAGUCUGCACUAUCCAAACAACUCUACACCGGUCCCACUUUCCGGCACUGGGGCCUUGCCCUGAAUGUUAUGACAUUCCAAGUGCUCAUCCUAAUAUCUUUUAAAAGGCCUUGUGAUUUCCCUCCCAGGCACUACAUUCCAGACUCCCACUCCAUUUGUUAUUGACCCUUCAACUAAGGGGAACAGCUGCUUUCUAUCCCCCUGUCCAUGCCCCUCAUAAUCUUAUUAAUCUUUAUCAGGUCCCCCUCAACCUUCUUGCUCUAUAGAAAACAAUCCGAGCUUAUCCAGCCUCUCUUCAGCAUUAAACGGCUCCAUUCCAGGCAAUAUCCUGUUAAAUCUCCUGCACCCCCCCUCGCUCUCCCCCCCAGUGUAAUUACAUUCUUCCUAUAAUGCAGUGGCCAGAACUGCACACAGUCCUCCAGCUCCAACAUAACCUCCCUGCUCUUAUAACCUGUGCCAUGACUGAUAAAGGCAAGUGUCCCAUAUUCCUUCUUAACUCCCCCAUUAACCUGUCCUGCCAUCUUCAGGGAUCUGUGGACAAACAGCCCAAAAUGCCUCUGUUCCUCUGAGCUUCCUCGUGUCCUGCCUUUCAUUUAGUACUCCCUUGUUCCUUCUUCCAAAGUGCAUGGCCUCACAUUUAUCAGGGUUAAAUGCCACCUGCCAGUGAUCUGCCCGUUUGACCAAUUAUUUUCCAUCCUCCUGUAACAUAACAGCUUCUCCCUCGCUUUCAACCACGUGGACAAUGUGAACAAAAUGUGUUUGGAAUUCAAAACCUAUAACAGUCUGAGAAUAAACAAAGCAUGUUAUCUGUUAGCAACUUCCCCUCAGUUUGCUUAUCUCUCUCUAAGGUCAUGAUAGGGAGAUGCCGAUGUUGGACUGGGGUGUAC